GCCCGACGAUCGUACCUACUGGCUACAACGUACGUAAAUGAUUUGAUGUGUACUAUUGUGUUCCACACACGACAAAAUGCAAGUGUUUAAAUUGUCUUAGUUGUACAUAAUAAAUAUACAGUACAUAGUUAAUACAUUUUUCUACAUUUAAACGUGUACUUAAUAUUAGUUUUUAAAACCGUAAUCGUAUUUAUUUAAUUAUUUAUUUGUUUUGUUUACUAUUUUCAUUAGUUAUCAUUUAAUAGAGUACUUUUAACCUCCUUCGAUUAUGAAUCAAUAAAUCCAAACUUAUACAAUACUACUUUCAAACCGUUGGAUACACCACAGUCCUUGUCUAACUGAAACUUUGAAUCGUCGAAUCCUGAUGGUUGUUUUCUUUGAACACAUUAUCGAUCAUCAUUCCUGUACUACUCUGUGCCUUGUACUGAACAUUAAACUGAUGGCCCAUUGUAAGACACGGAAUUGACUAUUUCAAAAACCAUGGAACCAUUAUUGUCUAUGAAGUAUGACGAACACUUCAGACAUGUGUUGGCUUUACUAGAUACAACUGUUGAAAGAGACUAUAAAGCCAAAAUCGUAGCCUUAGAUGUACUCAGUGUACAAUUUAAAGACCAUGGAAACGACAAAGAAUUGAUGAAAAAAAAACUUGAGGAAAUGCGUAUUGAGUGUGAACGACUUAUGCACAAUCUUAAAAGUUCCAAUCGAUUAUUAGAUGAAGCAAAUAAAGAAAAAAGACACGCUGAAGUUGAACGAGACAGUUUGGCCCAGAAACUUGAAAAUUUUUAUAGAUUAUUUAAUAAUGCCAAUCCAAACAUUAAUCGAUCGGGUUCUCCAGAAUAUCAAUAUGAAACAGAAAGAUUUGAUCAAAUUCCACGUCAAGACACUACUGAAUCAGUAUUAUCUGACAUAAGUUAUUCGAGGGUAGAAGAUAGUUUAGACUCUGAUAAGAAUUUUGAAGAUGCAGUGGACCGCUGGGAUCCUGAAGUAGUUGGAACAGUUAAAAGAAAAAGGGCAUCAGGAAUUUCAAAUACUAAUGGAAUAAAAAAAGAAAUUGAAUUGAACAUUUCACAGAUUGCUACAACUACUUCAUCAACUCAAAUAGUCGCCACAACUACUGUCACAAUGCAGCCAUUUAAAAACAUAAGUGCAAAAUCCGUUAUUGAAACCAAACCUUUAUGCCUUUUCCCAACACCAAGUGCACCACCUAUAUCUGAUUCUUUAGAUUCAUUUGACUCUGAUCCUUAUGGUAAUGAAAAUAAUCAAAACGUGCCCAACACAAUUCACUCAAGCUCUGCAUUAAAUAAAUUGAACAAUAGAGCACAUAAUUUUACUCAAAAAAGCGUCAUCAUUCCAGAAAUAUGUGGUCCUUGUGGCAAAAAGGUUAAAUUCAAUCGAGUUGUAGUUAAAUGCUUGGACUGCAAAGCCACAGCACAUUUGGAACACAAAGAUAAAGUUCCUUUGCCAUGUAUUCCCGUUAAAAGUACACCAAACAAAAAUGGCGGACGAAUUGCUGAUUAUUCACCUAUGGUUAAUGGCCGGCCAAUGAUACCUGCAUUAGUAAUUCACUGUGUAAAUGAAAUAGAACAGAGAGGAUUUGAUACAGUUGGAUUGUAUCGGAUACCUGGCUCAGAAAAGGAUGUCAAAGCACUGAAGGAAAAAUUCCGUAAAGGAGUUCCUAAUUUAUCUGAUACUGAUAUUCAUGUUAUUUGUGGAUGCUUAAAAGAUUUCCUUAGAACUCUUGAUGAUCCAUUAAUUCCCCAUUAUGAUUGGAAAACAUUUACGGAUGCUGUCAGAAAUUCAAAAGAUGAAACUGAGCAUAGAUUAUAUCAAGCCAUAUCACUAUUACCACAACCCAAUCGUAACACCUUAGCCUACAUAAUAUUACAUUUGCAAAAAGUUGCAGCAACACCAGAUUGUAAAAUGCCCAUUAGCAAUUUAGCCAGAGUAUUUGGUCCAACUAUUGUUGGUUAUUCUAGUGAAGAAUCUGAAAAUCUAUACUUUGAUUGUGAAUUGAGUAAUAAAGUUGUUGAAGAAAUGCUGAAACUAUCCCCUGAUUAUUGGUCAAACUUUUUAAACAAUUUGGUUCCCUUGCGAGCACAAAAUACACCAGUGAAACGUACACCUUCCCGUCCAUUACAAACUCGCACUCCAAUUACUAAAAAUAAUCGAAUUUUUGGUUCUAGCACAAAAAGACGGUACUUAGAAUCACCACGUUCAGUUAAAGCUGCUAGAAUCAAACUACUUGAAUCUUCAAAGAGGAAAUAAUUCUAUUGCGACAUUUAAUAUUUAUCUUUGAUUUGCAGUUUCUGUUUAUCAAAAAUAAAUAUUACCUAAAUCAAUCAUAAA